UUUUUGUCAAAAAUCAGUCUUUACCAGCAUGGAGAAGUUACUACUCCUGAUUGCCGUUGUGGCGGCCGUGGCCAGCGCGAAGUCGAUCGAUAUCGAUUCGUCCCAAGUUCAGCCGAUUGAGUCGAUCGGUAUCAAAUGGUCCCAGGUCCAGCCGAUCGAGGACUCCGACCAGUACUGGGCUCGUCUUCCAGCUGAAAUGCAGUACCUGCGGAAGCAGGAACCGGACCGUAGGAUUGUGAACGGUCAGGAAGCUACUCCUGGCCAAUUUCCGUACCAAGUUUUCGUGAAUUACCAGGAAAAUGGUAAAUCUUUUAAUUGUGGCGGAUCAAUUCUAAACAGCAACCAUAUUUUAACUGCUGCUCACUGUGUCUGGCGUGCUGAAGGUGGGAUUGUCAUCGCAGGAGCUCACAAUCGCGUUAUAGAAGAGCCCACCCAGCAGAGAAUUUCGUUUGCAAAAGUUUAUUAUCAUGCAGAUUACAACGAAAACACUUUAGUAAAUGACAUCGCUAUAAUUCGUCUAAGCGGCCACAUUACGUUCAACGCCCGCGUUCAAGCUGUGCGACUGCCAGCUCCAGGAGACAAUCGUCAGUUCGCUGGCUUGACUGGUACCGUUUCCGGAUUUGGCGCACUUUGCUCAGGCUGUUCAUCGCCGGAUGUACUCAGAUACGUUUCCAAUCCGAUCAUAACAAAUGCAGAAUGUUUAGAACACUGGCCUAAUACCAUGGUACAAGAAAGUAGCUUAUGUCUGUCUAUUGCCGGUGAACGUGGAGCAUGUCAAGGAGAUUCCGGAGGUCCUUUAACAGUCGUUGAUGGUGGAAAUACUUUACGCCGACGCCGACCUCCUCCAAGAAAUCUGGAAGUCGUGCGAUAA